UCGGAGAUCGGACGUGCCGUUCUCUGUACCUACGCGACAACCACGCAACUUUGCACUUGACCGUACCGACUAACAAAAAGAGCUUCAGUAAAAAACUAAACCGAACAGUAUCCAUUAAGAGUACUUCCGCAUUUCAAGUUUUGUGAAUGAGUGAAUGAUUUUCAGUGAACCGUGCAUUUGAGGUCUUCUGAAGAUGAGCUAAAAGCCAAAAAAGAGAAGAAAAAUGAAGAACGACGGUGUCACGUGAUGGAGUUACAUGAAUAGAAAUAGUUAUAAACAGUGUUAGUGACUAAAGUGUUAUUAACUGACUAUUGUCUCAUAAAUAUUAAGUUACAGUGAGUGUAGGUUAACUACAGUCAUGGAGUAUCAGAGACGUCUUUCGCUCUAUAUUUUAAUAUUCAUCGCGGUGUGUCUGAAAUCACUAAUAUACGCACAAACAAGUACAGAAGUUGGAUUACAACAACCUCACACGACGCAAGCAUCGCGAACGAAUGCAACGACGUAUGCGUGGAGCUCCUGGGGUGUCUGGAGUGCUUGCUCACGAACUUGCGGCGGUGGAGUCGCUGUACAGGAGCGGCACUGUCUACCGAGAGAUCCCACUAGAUGGCGACGCAGCAGAAAAAGAAGAAAACUCGGAAGAAGCGCAGAUCGCAUAAGGCGUGCUCGAAACGCCGGCGUUGUAAACGCACCGGAUUGCGCUGGCCUCACUCGCCGCUACCACGAGUGUAACACAGCGCCAUGUCCGGGUCCGGUUCGGGACCCCAGAGCCGAGCAGUGUGCGGUUUACGACCGCAGACCCUUCCGGGGGAGGUUCUACACAUGGGCGCCGUAUGUCGACGGGAAUGCGCCAUGUGUCCUGAACUGUCGGCCUCGCGGGCAGCAGUUCUACGCGUCCUUGGCUUUAGUGACCGAUGGCACUCCAUGUACGAAGCCUGGCUUCCGAGCGAUUUGCGUGCAGGGCUCCUGUAAGGUUGUGGGUCGUGAAGAUGUCCUAGCAUCGACAGCGACGCGCGACGUUCACUGCGGUAGGCGCCUAGUCUCCGGACUUUUCUCUCGACCUCGUCUGCCAUUGGGCUAUUCCUACGUGACGACUGUCCCGCGUGGCGCCUGCAGACUAAACGUCUCCGAAAUUGUCUCCAGCGAAAAUUACAUCGCACUGAGAGUUUCCAAUGGAUCAUACAUUGUAAACGGCGAAUUUGCUGUGAGCGCCCCGGGCACUUACGAAGCGGCUGGCGCACGAUUUAUAUACUCCCGAUCUGCCAGCCUCGACAAUAUAUUUGCGAUGGGACCCAUACACCAUCCCAUCGAUAUCAUGGUCCUGUAUACUCAACCAAGCCCGAAUAUAAAAUACGAAUACCUUACUGAUUCAUCGCCGGAUGAAACUAGUAACGAUAUUCCCACUGCGAGCAGCAUUCCUACACACCACCAAAUGCAAAGACAUCACCGUCACCAUAACGCUGAGUCUCAUACCAGAGCUUUGGAGAAACCGGGACCUUCGUUGACGAAUACAGCGGAAUCAAACUCGAUCGAAAAACAAUACCAAAGUAAUGUUAUCGGCGAUAGGAAGUUUAUGUGGAAAAUUUUAUCGUACACACAAUGCUCGAGAACUUGUGGUGGAGGACUUCAAAUAGGCAAAUUUAAAUGUGUUGAAAUAAGUGAUAAGGAGGAUCGUGAAAUAUCUCCUGCGCACUGCACGGGUGCUCCGCCUUCUUCUCGCCGCAGAAGAUGUGGCGUAACGCCUUGCCCUCCACGUUGGAGAGCAGCUGCCUGGGGACCUUGUCCCGUUUGUGGGCCUGCUCAUCGAACUAGGAAUGUGGGAUGCGUACAAGAUCAUGCUCGAGGAAUUACAAAGAUCAGUGAUCAAAAAUGUCCUCUACCAAUGCCACCAAGUAAAGAAGUAUGUGAUGUCCCUAAUUGCGAUGGUACGCCUAACUCAGGAAACUUACCAAGACUGGACGCGAGACGACAAGUGCGACCAAAUGACCACGUCGAUACAUUCCGCGAGGGUCCAGUGCUAUCACUUCUUUCAAACGUAUCGGAUAGUGACAUUAGCUCUAUACAAGAUAACAAAUUCAGUUUCAGUUCCGCCGGAGGAUGGCUUUAUACAGAGUGGUCAGAGUGUGUAGGCUGGUGUGUUGGUGGGGGUGUUCAAUCUCGCAGUGUUCGCUGUGCUGACCCUAAUGGAUGCGGAGCGAAUCGGGCGCCACACUCCUCUCAAACAUGUUCACCGAGGAAACAGUGUGAAGCGCAAUGGUUUACUGGUGACUGGUCUCCAUGUACAACGGCAUGUGGUGGACGUCAGAUCCGUGGUGUUAUUUGUAUCGGAAACAAUGGAAGGAGAUUGAGAGAUGCUUCAUGUAGGAAGCCUAAGCCUGAAACUGAAAGAUCAUGUGGGGGAACUUGCGCACCUUCUUGGUACCUUAGUGAUUGGGGAGAGUGCACUGGUCCUUGCGAAGCCGCUAUACAAACUCGGACGGUAUGGUGCGCACGCGGCGGCGCAGAGGGUGCUAGUGGGGCGGCCAGAGACGCAGACUGCGCAGGUCUACGCCCGCCGGCAAAACGCUCGUGUGUGCCACCGCGCUGCUCAACGCGGCCCGUGGUCAAACCUGCUAUCAUAAGUGCUGUGCCGUCAGAUCCACAACAACGAGUAACGAGACACCAAAGCCAAACGCAAAACGUCAAGCAGCGUACAUUCACUAGCAACGGCGCAUGCAUGGAUAAGCUUAGCAACUGCGCGCUGGCAGUGCAGGCGCGUCUUUGCCAUUACCACUACUACGGUGACAACUGCUGCCACUCUUGCCACGGACGGUAGACUCCAUCUAUCAGGUACCAUUAGAAGAAACGGAAGGAGUUGACUCAUAGUAUUGUGAUACAGAUGGACACAUAUUGAGUACACAUAGUUAUUAUUAGAAAAGCUAAUAAGUAAAUAAAUAUAAGUCGAAUACUUUGGUCGUGUCAGAGUAUACAAAAUCUCACACACCUGCACUACUACUAUUUUUACUGUAAUAAUUGACAAAUUAAUAAAAAAAAAACGUCUUUGAUUAGUAAUUUAUAACU